GGGCUAUGAAUAGCCAAUACAGUACUGCGCAUAAGUCCGUUCCUUAUAAAACAGUAUUUGGACAACCUCCACAUUGUGAUACGAAUUUAGUCAAUUUGUUUGAAAACAACUAUUCUUAUCCACAAACUGAAAAGUCGAAUUCGUCAUCAGAUAGUCUAAUUUCUGAAACUGAUUCUCAAUCGACCAUUGUAUCAGAAUUGAAUAAUGAUGUAAAAAGUUCUAAAAUUGAUCCAUUUUGUUUUGAAGAAACACGGCAAGACAAUAGUGAUGUGAAUAGUAAUGUAGAUGAAGAAAUAAAUAGUAAUGCGGAUGAAGUAAAUGGCAAUGUGGAUAAAAAAGUAAAUAGCAAUGCAGAUGAAGAAGUAAAUAGCGAUGCGAGUAUAAAUUUCAAUAGUGAUACUGAUGAAGAAAUGUAUAGCAAUAUGGAUGAAGAUGAAGUGCAAGAAAUGAAUAACGAUAUGGAUGAAGCGCAAGAAAUGAAUAUACAGAAUAAUUUUCAAGAUUAUUCUGAAGUACGAAUUACUAGUAACGAAAUUAUUAUUAUUGACGAUUCUGAUAACGAUUCUA